AUGCCCGGUAAAAGAGUCCUCAACGUGCCUCAACUGACAAGAUGGUCAGAACAUCCAGAACUAGCAGAAAUGUCAGAAAACGAAGAAACUCACCAAACCCACCUUACCCAACAAGCAUUAAAUAGCCAAAAUCUGAACAACUAUAAAAAAACCAACCCAAAAGCCUCGUAUAGCCAAGUCCUAAAACAUAAUACAAAUAACCGCCCAUCAAAAUCCACAAAAAAAACCUACCAAGGCACCUCCAGCUCCAGCACAGAUGUAUCAGAUUCAUCUGAAGAGGAAUUUUCAGAAUUAACUAACGAUAAUACAAAGAAAUCUCGCAAAAAAUGCUUGAGAUGCAAAAAUAUAAACUCCAAACAAAGUAACGCACCCACUGAAUGCAAAAAGCUAAAUGACAUUGAUGAACUAAUUGAAAUCAUAAAAAACACUACCCAGGAAGAUUUUAAUUAUGUAUUAGAAAGCUUAAAAAAUCAUAAAUCAAAAGAACAAAGUUUAGCCACAGCAAACACCAUAAAUAAUAAAUCAACUACUACACAAGACUCCCAGAAGGGAAAUAAUAGGGAUGGGGUAGACAAACAACUCGCCGUCACUUCGCUUUACCGCUCACCUCACUAUGACACUGAAAAAAAAGAAUGGUCAGAUCUUUUACAAUCGCACAAGAACUUUGAUUACAUUGUAAUAGGGGGUGAUUUCAACUCCCACCACCCGGCAUGGGGUUCAACUGAACCCUCUAAGUCUGGAGAAAAUCUUAUAGAUACUAUCUCUAAUCAUGAAAUUAUCGUGAUCAACGACGGAUCACACACCUACUACAAACUUAUAACAUCUUCAGAAGACCCAUCAAACAAACAUGUAAUAUCUUCAGCAUUAGAUUUAACGCUGAUUUCAUCAAGCAUUUCUAAAUCAACGAAAUGGCGAGUCACCGAUGACAAAAUGCACAGUGAUCACUUCCCUGUAGAAUACACAAUUACAAUCAAAACAAAAACAAUUCCAACUUUCCACACUCAUAAACUUAAACUAAAAAAAACAAACUGGAAAUUAUACCACAGCAUUCUACACAGAUUCAUAGAAGACAACCUGGAACAGAUAAAUGGACUAAAUUUAAUUCAAAAAUAUGGAAUCAUUAUUAAAACAGUGAAAAUUGCCACAAAAACUUAUCUAAACAGUGAUAAGAUGAAUGAACUGCUGAGCAAAUGCCUACUAGCCCCAGACGAAAGCACCCUUCACGAAGAACUUGAUAACUCAGAAACAGAUAUAAAAGAGGUAUGGAGAACAAUUAACAAAUUCAAGGACAAGAAAACUCUACCUUCAAUGGAAAAUGACAUAUCUUUAAUUGAAAACUCUAGAAACUUUGCCAUCCAGUUCUGCCAGCAAGAUGUAAUCCAAAUACCCCCUCAAAAUGCCCCAAAUGACUCUGAAGAAACAGUAGGAGAAUGUGAAAGUUACCUGAAAAUGCCUCUCACAAUAGAGGAACUGGAUGAUGCAAUUGACUCAGCAAAAAAAAACUCAUCACCUGGAUUGGAUCAGAUAGAAUAUAUAAUGCUUCAAAACUGCCCUGAAAACUUAAAGGAAAUACUAUUAUCUAUAAUAAAUGAACAUAUAAAUAAUAAUACCUUCCCCGAAGACUGGAAGUCUUAUCUCAUCAUUCUUCUCCCAAAGGACGACCCAAAAAAAUUCAGGCCAAUAGCGCUCGCCUCAUGCAUCCUGAAAAUCACAGAAAAAAUUAUUAAUACCAAACUAUUACACCACUCAGAAUCAAAUCAUAUUCUCCCAGAAUCACAACAUGGAUUCAGAAAAGCAAAGUCAUGCACUCUUGCAUUAGCUAAAUUAACAACAAAAAUCUACAAAGCUUAUACUAACAAAGAACAUUACUGUUGUGUCAUUCUAGACAUCAGAUCCGCAUUUGAUAACGUAUGCCCAGUAAUCCUACAAAAUAUCCUGAAAGACCUAAAAAUUCCAAAUAAAAUUAAAAACUUUAUAAACAAUCUAGUAAUUAACAGGAAAUUAUACUUCAAAAUAGCAAAUCAAUUGGAAGUACUAAGCAAAGACGUAGAGGUAUCUCAGUAUGCAGAUGACACGAUGAUUCUCUGCAAAACUGAGAAUAUAGACCAAGUGAUCAAAUACUUAAGAAUGAUCAUGGAUCAUAAAUUGACUUGGACACCACAUAUAAAUAAUAUAAUAGGCAAAGCCACUAAACUCACAAACGUCCUAAAAGUACUAAGAUCUACUUGGUGGGGUGGAGACCCCCACUUGCUGUUAACCAUUUACAAAUCACUCAUAAGAAGCACCAUAGAAUAUAACAGCUUUAUCACAUAUAGCCACAAACACUCCCUAGCUGAAAAGCUACAAAAAAUUCAAAACCACUGCAUAAGAUUAGCUGUUGGAUACAGAGUAUCCACAGCACUAAACGUCAUCUAUGCAGAAACAAACCUACUUUACCUCAAGACCAGGAGCAAACAAUUAGCUCUCAAAUUUUUAUUAAAAGUGUCCUCUAUCAGCAAUAGCACUCUGAUAAGAGACAUCAAUGAAUUAAAAAACGAUAUUAGUAGAUCAGAUAAAUACCAAAUAAAAAAUAAAUACCCACUAAUAGAAUCUCUGAACCAAAUACAAACUCUAACAAACAACAGCAUAAAAACAUUUACCACACCACUACCAUAUGAAUACAAUUACACAACACUAACAUCCAAACCAUCAAUAGACACUUCAAUAGGCAAAUUAAUAAAAAAAUCAAAUAACCCCCAAGAAGCAUUCGAACACCACACAAAAAAUAAAUUUGAAAACUACAUCAGCAUAUACACUGAUGGAUCAAAAAAGGAAGGUGCAGAGAACGUGGGUCUAGCUAUGCUAUGCCCACAUUUCAACUCUCACCAACAAUAUAAAAUAGAUAACAAAGCUUCCAUAUUUACAGCAGAAUCAUUAGCAAUUCUCAUGGCUGUAGGAUAUGUCCUAUCCAAUAACAUCAGAGAAGCUGUCAUCUACACAGACUCUCUGAACGCUUUGACAGCCAUUGACAACUACUCCCCUAUAAAAAAAACAGACACCUCUUACAUUAUCCUGGAUGUUAUAUCUCUACUCUCCCUAGCAAAGAACAAGGGCAUAAAAAUCAGGCUAACGUGGAUCCCAGCACAUGUCAAAAUAACACACAAUGAAGCAGUCGACACAUUGGCAAAGGAAGCAGCGAAUACAGGAACACAACUGUUAUUUGACUUGCACCACACAGACCUGAAUGAAGAAAUCAUAAAAAUAAUAAACCAAGAAAACAAACAGCAACUUCUUAACGAAGCCACAUUCAAGGGUGUACGCUUCUUCACAGAUUACUACAAAGAUAAUAAAAAUAAGCCUUGGUUCGCCAAAUCAAAGUAUGAUAGAUACCACAUCACCACAAUCAACAGAUUGAGAGCCAACCACCACUCACUAGCAGAAAGCCUGCACAGAAAAAAUAUAAUAGAUACACAGAGCUGUCAAUGCGGAUUUGAGAUCCAAGACAUUGACCACAUCCUAUUUGAGUGCCCCCUGUACUCAACAGAAAGAAAGAGCUUUAAAGCCCAGUUAAAAAAUUAUACCAUAAAAAAUUCCACCACCGAAUUUAAUUCAUCCACACAAAUCCUUAAAGAACCAAAUAAUCCCCCAGCAAAAAUUAUGACAAACUACUUGAAAAAAAUUAAAAUUCCCGUGUAA